AAGAGGGAAGAAAUGUCUUCCGAUACAAAUAUUCGUCUUUUCCGAUUCCCUUCACAAAAUCCACAUCCUUCUUCUCCACUCUGCCGUUCCAAUCGCAACUUGUUUUUAGCCAGAGAUUUGCAAAUGGGACUACAAGAAGGACCAGAUAGAUUCAAGAAACAACAAGAGCAGUGCCAGUCAACCCGUAUCAGCAUUGCCUCUAACAAUAGGGCCACAGAAACUCCAAAAGCUGUGUCUGCGGCAGCUGCUAGGGUUCCUGCUCCAUCUGUCAAAUUUUCAGAUAAUACGGAGAGACUCCAACACAUUCACAGCAUACGGAAUGCUCCUGAUGGAGCUCAGGUCAAGCGUGUUAUAGACCUGCUGCUGAAGACAAGGCAGGCUUUCACGCCGGAGGGAAUUUAUGAAAAUUGUUAUGUUGAUGUGAACCACAAUGAAACUGUCUUCAAGUGUCUGACAGAUAACCCAAAAGUUCACUAUGAUGGGAAAUGCUUCUCUUAUAAGUCCAAGCAUGCCGUGAAGGACAGAAGUCAAGUACUGUCCUUAGUACAGAAAUUUCCGGAGGGCAUACCUGUGAUUGAUCUCAAGGAUGCAUACCCUAGCGCAAUGGAGGACUUGCAGGCUCUAAAAGCUGCUGGUGACAUCUGGCUUCUCUCAAGCUUCAAUGCGCAAGAGGAUAUAGCUUAUCCGAAUGACCCUAAGUUGCCCCGCAUCAAGGUUGAUGUUGACCUUAAAAAGUGCUUCAGGAAAAUAGAAUUGCCUAGCAAUAUGGUUGACAUUGAGAAGUAUCUCGAGAAGAAUGGGAUGAAGCCUGCUACAGACUCCGCAAGGAGGAGUGUUAUGGUCCAGAGUCUAGUUGGGUCUUCUAAUUGCAAGGAGAAGAAGAAGAAGAAGCCUGAGAUCAGCAAGAGGACCAAGCUAACCAAUGCCCAUCUUCCUGAGCUUUUCGAGAACUGGAAAAACUAGGUGAAGCCAUCAUAGGAAUGUCGACAUUGCACUAGUCUUGGAGCUACAUGAUCUUUUGGAAACUUGCAAGUUGCAUAGAAUAAGUUCAUAGAAAGUGUAAAUUCUGUCCGGCCUGUAAAACCAAAUGCUAAUUGUUUCUGGUAGUUAAUGUGAUUAAAUUGUCUUUAUUAACUUUGAGUGAUUCCCAGAA